UGUGCUAGUUACAAUGGAAAACAUUGUUUUGCUGGUGCGAGCCUCAAAGGUCAAUGACUGUACGUGUCGAAAGGCGUAGCAGGUGUAGAGUGUACAGCUGUGGUCGCAAUGAUCGUGAAUAUUUUACAACCAAUGCAAACGUCAGUAACGUGCGCUAGAAGUUGUACAUUUUAGUGUCAUGAUGUCUAUGGCUGCUUUGCUUCUUGUUUGCCUGUUUCCUCUUCUUUUUAUGAACAGUUGUGAGGCUCAACGCGUGCUCUCAGACGCAGCUGAGGCUGGCAGUCAGUCUUCACAGGCACCACUUCUUCCACAACCUCAAACGUUUACUAUGGGCCUGGACACGGCAUCAGUUUGCUCCAUGUUUGUCUUUCGAACUCCGCAGCGCUCAGAAUUGUUGAUGAAAGCCUUUCAACACUACAAGAAAUUGAUUUUUGGACAUGAAUCCAGAAUGAAGCUAAAGUCUAAUUGUGUGAAAGGAGUGGUUAUAAUUGUUAGUGAUGUGAGCACAACACACAAUCUAUAUCCUUCUUUGGAGACUAAUGAGUCCUAUACACUAACAGUCUCUAAAUCAGGAUAUGCCACUCUGAAGGCUAUAACUGAGUUUGGAGCUUUGAGAGGUUUGGAGACGUUUAGUCAGCUGGUUACAUUUAAUUUUACUCACAAGCUUUACCAGGUUUCCAAUACUCCAUGGAACAUAAUAGAUUUUCCAAGGUUUCAGCAUCGAGGCUUGCUAAUAGAUACAGCAAGACAUUUUCAACCAGUGACUAACAUAAAGCGAGUUCUAGAUUCUAUGGCAUAUGCUAAACUGAAUGUGAUGCAUUGGCAUAUUGUUGACACUCAGUCAUUUCCAAUGGAAGUCAGAAAAUAUCCAAACAUGUGGGAAGGCGCUUAUUCUUUCUGGGAGAGGUAUACACAGGAAGAUAUUUACAGCAUUACAGAACAUGCAAGACUGAGAGGGAUUCGGGUUAUACCUGAAUUUGAUAUUCCUGGUCAUGCUGCAUCAUGGUGUGCAGGAUAUCCAGACUUAUGUCCUUCAAGUACUUGCACACAACCUCUUAAUCCUUCAAAGAACUUAACGUUUGAAAUAAUUGAGGAUUUGUUGAAAGAAGUAACUGGUCAGGCAGAUGCUCCUCCUCUGUUUCCAGACAGAUUUCUUCAUUUGGGGGGAGAUGAAGUUAACGUCACAUGUUGGGAGACUUCCUCAGCAGUUAAUAGGUGGAUGAGGAAGAACAACCUUGACAGUUAUGAAGAUGUGUAUAAACAUUUUGUUCAGUAUGGGCACAGAGUGAGUGAAUCCAUUGGGAGGAAUGUGAUCAACUGGGAGGAGGUUUCAAAUAACUUUGGGAAUACUUUGAAUUCAAAUACGGUGAUCCAGAUUUGGAUUAGUCAAAUAAACAUUGCUAAUGUGGUUCGCAAUGGAUAUCGCUGUAUUGACAGUUAUGAAAAUCAUUGGUAUUUGGAUUGGCAUCGCACCAAAUGGCAGACUGUCUACACCCAUGAACCUUGCAAGUUUGUGCACAAUAAGGAUGAUGAAAAGCUUGUCAUUGGUGGAGAAGUAUGUGCUUGGGGAGAAUACAUUGAUGGCUCAGAUCUUGACUCAACUAUUUGGCCAAGAGCUGCUGCAGCUGCAGAACGUCUAUGGAGCAGGAGGGAUGUUAAUGACAUAGAUUCGAUGGAACCAAGACUAGCGUCAUUCCGCUGUCUUCUCCACAGGCGUGGCAUUACUUCUUCUCCAUUGCAAUCUGAUGCCAGAAGAGAACCAUUUGGUCCAGGUGGCUGUAAUAUGCAAUGAACAUUAAUGAACUUUUAAUUGUAUGUAUAUCACAUUGUAUAGUUGUGUAUUGAUGCACCAGUGUUAGUGCCACUUAUUUUUAUUUCUAGUUAAAUAGUCAAUAUUCAUAGAUAUACAGCCACUAUUGAUAGAUAUAUACAGUCAAUAUUGAUAGAUCAAUCAAUAUUAUAAUGAAUCAUAAAAUUACCAUUUCA